GCUGAGUCUGCGGGCCUGCAGUAUGUGUGCUCUCUCCGGGGUGGGCGGAUCGUUAGCUGUGACAGCGACGCUUGGAGACUUCCUAACAAAGCUGUCAGAAAACAGACAACUAACGCUAUGGCAGAGUUAGACCUGAGUCUGAGCGACGCGCUGACCGACAGCCCCCCGCAGCCUGGCAUUGAGAGCAAGGUGGAGAGGGACUUCAUGGCCCAGCUGGAGGCCGAGGCGUUCGACGACCAGGUGAAGGAGACGGUGGGGAAGACGGACUACAUCCCCCUGCUGGACAACGACGACACCCGGGCAGAUGCUGGGGCUGCUUUGGAGAAUGGAGAGCAGGAGGCUCAUGGGGUUCAAAAGCCUGCCUCCAUGGCAGCUCAUUCUGAUUCCCUGGCCUCUCACUCCAGCUCUGUCCAAAUGAUGGAUUCUGGCAUGCUGGGUCCUUUCCCAGGCUUCUCUCAGCCAGGAGGGAUCGGAAUGAAUGUGGAGGUGGGAGCCGCACCUCUGCAACCACAGAAGCCCUCUAGUAUAUCAGAGUCGCAGUAUCCUACUCCCCAAGCUGGAUCAGAAGUCCCAAAAGAUCACAGCGCCAUGCUGCCAGAAUCCCAGGCCCCUGGCAGCCCCCUGGAUGUUUCAGCAGGUUCCUUAGACGACUCUUGGCAAGACCAGAUUGGCUCCCCAUCAACAGAUCCAUCUUUCGCUCCCAGCGUUUCUGUGAAGUUUUCUGACCAAGUCGAUCAGCUUGCAGCCAAACCAGAAAAUACGCCCGAAAGCUGGCCCGGCCGUGAGAGCACCGCCUACGCUGGGGGCGAUGAAAGGGACACGGACGGAUCUGACAGAAAACAGAAGAAGAAGAAGAAAAGGCGACAAAAAGACGAGGGAUCCUACGAACACGUUGAGAGCAGGGGUCAGCCAGAGAUGCAGGAAGCGGGAGAAAACACUCCUCCGACUGAGGAGUUUUAUCACAGGAUUGGCCCAAGAAGGGACAGAGGAGAAUGCGGCUGGGAAGAGCAACUUGGGAAGAGCGGAGGCCGUGGCAAGAAGAGUAAAAACAGGAAGAAGCUUCCAGAGGAAUGGGCAGUAACAGCAGAGCCAUUUGUUCCCUCUUCAGUGACUGCCUCAGAAAUGAAAGUGGAAGCAUUGGUGGAUCUUGGGAGUUCAGUGAAUGAAACAAUGGAGAGCUCUUUUGCAGACAUGGACACUAGCCAACACACCUGGAAGAAAGAGUUUUACCCAGAGGAAGACCCUUCAACUUUGCCUCAGGAUUUGUUCUCUCCAACGGCUGCAGCCAUCAGUCCUCUAGCCCUCAACAGUGAGCUGAAUGCUACAGCAACUCCAUUCACCAUGCCGUCUUCCACCAACAAAACAAUCCCCGGCUCCUUCCCCGAGGCGGUGGAUGUCCUGAUGGACACCGAAAAUGCCGGUUUAGGUCAAAGCAAUCAAAACAUUUGUCCUCCUUUCUCUUCAGAGAACACAGGAGCUGUAGCUGACUUAAUAGACAGAGGGAUGUUUGACAUCUCAAGUUCCUUUCAAGAGUCUUCCAUGCGAGCUGUUUCAGAUGGAGACACUUCAGCUUUCAGCUCUGCUUCACAAACAAGCCAGGCAGUUUCACCUAAAGGUGAUGUGUUGGCUUCAGCCCCACCUCUAUCACCCUCUGAUGCUUCAUGGAUGCUAAACAACUCCCAACUGAGCAGCAACAGCGAUUUAUUUGACUUCAGUGACACGAGCGCUGCAAGCCCUCCUUUACCCCUGGGCCUGUCCUUCAACACACCAAGUCCAGCACCUCUCCGCUCACCCAAAACCACUGCCCAAGAAUUCCAGUCCAAGCACAAAGAUGGGAAAUCUGGCCAGAAGCAAUCCAGAAAGUCCCCUCCUUCCUCUUCGACCUCAUCUGUCAGGAGUCCCACCUCCCCAGAGGCAAAGCUCUCCCCACAGGCAUCCCCUGUCGCUUCACCCUCAUCUCCUCCUUCAGUGGGUCCCACUGGAGUUCCAGGAUCCGGCCUCAAUCCUGCUGCAAAGCCUUUCUUUCCCAGCUUUGCUGAUCCAGUGGAAGACACAGCUGUGGUCCCUCCAGUUGUCCCCAUCGUGGAAGUUAAAUCUGACAAGACAGAGAAGAAGGACAAACAGGAGGAUGGUGUGCAGAAGGUGGAGGCUUUUGAUGUGCUGAACAAAGCUGAGCACGGGAGCGUGAAGGUUGAAUUCACCACUAAUGAAAGUUUGGUCAAAGUGGCAAAUGAGGUAGAAAAGGGAAAGGAGAAAGCAAACAAUAAGGAGGCAGAAAAUGUCAAAGAGGAAAAACAAGCAGACAAAACAAAGGAGAUGGAGAAGCAGGCAGAAAGAGUGGAUGAUCAAAAGGAAACAGAGAAGCUAAAAGACAAGGAGAUGGAGAAACUGCAAACCGUCCAACUCAAGGAAGAGAAGGAGGAGCAAAAGCCCAAGAUGGAAGAAUCACCUGUCAAAGUGGAAAAGACCGAAAAGGUGGAGAUGAUCGACAAGAUGGAGGACAAGUACGAUAAUGUAGAGAAGAUCACCAACAACGAGAAACUGAAAAAGGAAGAGAAAGUAGAGAACAAACACAGUGAGAAAGCCGAAAAUGUGGACGAAAACGAGAAGUCCAAAGAGGAGGAGAAGAAAGUGGAAGGCAAGCCCAGCGAGAAAGUGGAAGAUGCAGAAAAGCUGGACAAGGUCCAGGAUACCAAGGUGGAAGAAAAAGCAGGAAACAAAACAAAUGAGAUGGCAGAAAAAUCAGAGAUAAAGGAUGACAAAGGCCAGCACAAAGUGGAAACGACUUCAGAGCAGCAGCUUUACCCCGCUGACAAUAAGACAGAGACGAAGGCCGAUGUGGAGCUGAAAACCGAGGCAGCCGCAGAGAAAGAAAAGACCGACACUGGGGAAGCCAGGACGGUGCAGAAAAAGGACAAUGCAGCCAAGCCUCUGGAGAAGCCUACUGAAAAAGAAGCACCGAAGACAGAAAAGGAGAAGGCGGAUAAAAAGACAAUAGAGAAGAAAGACGGUAAGAAGGAAAAGGCUGUCAAAGCAGAUGGAGACAAGGCAAAGAAACCUGUGAAGGCUGCGACCAACGGAAGCAGCGCAACAGCAAGCAAGGACCUGUCAGCUGGAGACAGGAAGACCAAGCCUGCCACCGGGGUGACAAAACUGGUCGGUGCUGUCAAAACGCGGCCAGCCACUGCUCCUGCCGGUGGCUCAACCGCAGCCACUGCCAAACGCCCCACACCCACUUCCACCAGCACUACCACAGACAGAAAAACAACCACACCCAAGACAGCUUCCACAAGCGCUGCUGGGCCUAAACGACCCCCUACCAGUUCCACUAGUCGCCCAUCAUCCCAACCCUUCACCACCACAGGCACACGAGAUGUUAAAUCGAAGUCCACCAUAGAGAAGCGCCCCCUGGUGCCGAAGGCCGGCAGCGGCACCACAAGUCACCCUGCCUCCGGCCCCGCUACCAAAAACGGAACGGUGAGCACUGCAGCCAGCAAAACCGCUUCAUCGGUGCGCACAGCCGCGUCCACUCGCACAACUACUACUACUGCAGCCAAAAAGCCUCUGGCCUCUAAAACUGACAGCAGCAAACCAGGAGAAGAGAAGAAGCCCACCACUGUUAGGACUUCAACAGCUGACUCUACCAAGCCCAAGACCACUUCCACCACCUCAAGGAGCACGAUUUCCACCACCGCUGCGUCUCGCACUCGAACAACAGCGACCAAACCGGCUACGCUGUCCUCCGCCACGGCCACAGCAGCAGAGAAGAAGCCCCUGGUGCCCCGCACCCAGCGACCCACUGCAUCCACGACAGCUAGCACCACCACGAGGCCCACGGCUCGGCCCGGCACAGCGCCAGACCCCGAUAUCCGUAACAUCCGCUCAAAGAUCGGCUCCACUGAUAACAUAAAGCACCAGCCUGGCGGCGGGAAGGUGGCCUCUGCUUCUCUGAAAAGGGGCGUCACCGCCAAAGAAAGCAGCCAGGGCAAAGUUCAAAUAGUCUCCAAAAAGCUGGACUUCAGCCACGUCACCUCACGCUUGGGCUCCAAGGACAAUAUGAAGCAUGUUCCUGGUGGAGGGAAUGUGCAGAUACUCAACAAGAAGGUGGAUGUAAGUAAGGUGACUUCAAAAUGCGGAUCCAAGGACAACAUCAAGCACAAGCCUGGCGGAGGCGUCAUGAAGCUCGAGUCCCACAAAGUGAACAUUAGGGAAAAGGCUCAGCCCAAAGUGGGGUCACCUGGAGGAGGGGACGUCAAGGCUGAGGGACCGGAGGAGACAGAGGGAAAGGCAACUCCCAUGACUAGCAGCCUGGCUCCGGCCCCGGGCCCCGAGAUGGGGCCUACAGGGACCCCCAAUGCCCAGGAGAAUGGACUGAAGGACGGGGCUCCCAGUGAUGGUGAGGGUGUCCAAGAGCCCCAGGCUCUGGACUCUCUAAUGCCAGAGACAAAUUGAGUCUAUCAAGCUCAACUUCCGCGAGAAUGCUCGCUCUCGCACGGACCACAGCGCUGACAUCACCAUCUGGCCAGCCCCCCCAGGACAACAGCAACAGUUCCCGCCCACAUGGUUCCUCGUUCUCCCCGCAUGGCCAACCAAAGCCACCACCCAGGCACCUCCAUUGAGUCUCAACUCCCCCUUUACCCCCUACUUCCUGCACCUACAGGUGGAGGUCCGGGGAGACGGCAGCGGCGUCUCCGUGAAGGGAUCCCAACUUUUUCAACCCCAUUUAAUCUCACAUCCAUUAUUGGAAAAUUAGAAUCAUCGUGCAGUAGUGCUUCUUUCACAUAGUCAUGCGUCAUUGCCUUCAUCAUCACCACCACUUUCACCACCUGAAGUAACUUUAGACUCUGACUGGUCCUGACUGGUACUUUAUGUGAAGGAAAAUUCCAGGACGGCAAUGAGCUCUCUGAGUCUGGCAUCUUGGAAUCGCCGGCUUUCACGUGGAAACCCGGUGGUGGGACCUGCUAGAAAAACCACCAUCAUUCCCCACUGCACACCCACCAGGUGGCAGCAGCAGUCUCUUCAGUAGUGACCAGAACAAUUCGGCUCUCCUAUUGGAUUCCCAUCUCUUUUUCCUUGUGAUUUAAGGAGUCGUUUUUUCCCCCCUGUAGCCACAUACUCUCUGCUUCUGUAACGUUGUAGUAAUUCAGUAUCCAUUUCAUCAUGGCUUCCUCUUUCUUGAUCAUCAUGCAACCAUAUGCAAGCUGACUUUAAAAAAAGAAGGCUGUUUUAACUCUAAUUUAACUCUUUAUUCUCUGUGUUUGUGAUGAGGUGUUUGAUUGAAAAGAUUAUAUAUAGAAAUGAGCAACUUUGUUCUGUUUGGAUCCUCUUUAUUUCCUUCUUUCCAUCAAGUUCCUUGACAAUAGAACUAGGUUGUAUUUAUUAUAUCAAUGCUAUUCAUAGAAAAGCAAUACCACAGGUGUUUUAUUUCCUUUUCAUCAAGUAGUGCUCAGAAAAUCUUUGAAACACGCACAUGUUCUUGCAAACUAAGACACACAGUGUGAAGGAGAUGAAGAAUGUUGCAGAACGUUGAGGAAAAGGUCGAUAGAUGAAAUACAAAAGGAAUUUCAGAGUCAUGGUUAAAUAUCAGAUACGUGGUCAGUGCUGUGACUGAAGAGGUUUUAAAUAAUAUAAGAUAGGACGUUUGCUGAAGCCGAGAAGCUUUCACUGAGUCCAGAGGGAGAUGAGGGAGACGCAGUUCUGAUUGCUUCUGAAACAAAAGGAACCAAGUGUCUCAUAUGUGCCUCCUGUUUGUCUUACCUUAACAAAAAAAAAAGAAGAACCCCAGUAGAUAAGAGUGAUGCAGUCUCACGCCUAAAACAGCUUAGAGAGAGAGAGAGAGAAUAUGGUGGCAGAUGAAGAGUUGUUCUGUUCUGAGCAGUCUGGUUCUGGUGUUGCCCUUGUUGACUGUUCUAUUUUUAGGUGUUUCUGUGCGGGUCAGGUUAGUGUGGUUUUAGGAGUUUGCUCAAGAUUCAGUUCAAUUUAGAAAUCAUCUACAGUACUAUAGUGUGUUCAGUGCUCUUCUUGUUGGCAUACUGCCAUUGGGACAUGGUCUUACUUUAUUCUCUUCUCUUGUAGCAACCUGUUGCCUCCUGAUGCCUUUAUGAUGCAUGGCUAGAAAAUAGAAAAUCAACCCCAAACUCAAAGCUCAUGGGUUUUACUCCAGGUGUUGUGUUCUGGUAUUGCUUGCAUAAUUUUAAAAUAAGAAAUUGACAGGAAGUUCUUGUGAUGGUUUGGUGUUGAGAUUUAAUCAUGCUGCUCCAACAUUGUACAUACUGAUUACGCAACUUAACUAUUGUUGAAAAUCUUUUAGCCGAAUGAUAUUUUGAUAGGUUAUCAGUGGUCAUUUGAUUUGUAAAAUAUGUUUAUCAAUAAUUUUAAUGUUACUUUGAUAUAUCCAGGAUAUUAUAGGAAAUAUAUAUUAUUCUGUUUAGCUAAUACAUACAUAUCACAAUAUGUAGUCAUUACAUGGAGCUUGUUAGCAAACAAUGCUACAUUAGCAAUUUUUUCAACAUUUUAAGCAAACAAUUUUAAGCUUACUAUUUUACUUAUAACCAGCUUUUCAAAAAUAUUUCCAUCUUUUACAGGCUUCACCAUGGUCACCUGCUAGCUAACAGCUCCACCUGCCAGCUAGCGACACUUAGCUAAUCUAAUUUGAGCAUGAGUUGACAUUUUUUUGCUAGUACACUCUAAAAAAUGUCAGUUAACAUAAUUUGGUUCUAAAUGUGGUUACUUAUUCAUGAACGAGUACUGAGCACUGAGUUCAUGAAAUAGCACCAAAAUGCAACAUUUUAAAAUGUUGAACCAGUUACUAAAUAUUUUUUCUGUUCAAGUAAAAGUGCUUAAUUAUUAUAAUAAAACUAUGUUACUGAUUGUUUUUGGAUUAAAUUUAGAAAGUAAAUUGUCUAUGUAAUAGACUAAAGUGACAUUUUGUUGAAUAUCAGUAUCAUACCUGGAGUUGGUAAAGGGUUCUGCAUGGUCACACCGAACUGUCAAAAUUGAUUCUCAGUGUUGCCGCUGCCGCACGACAGAAAUCUAGUCAUUUUGUUCUCAGCUUUAUGUCAUCAGCCUCUUCUUGUCACAACCCCCUUGGCAAACUUUUCACUCCUCUCUCCGUGGAAAACUAUCAUGUGAUUGGUCUUAACUCCGUGGUUGUGUUUAUGCGGAAAACAACGCUACUCAGCGGUGCGACCAUUAAGGGCCCUUAACCCUCCUGUUGUCUUGAUCCUUUUCAUAAGCCCAAAACUAGUCAGCUAUUUUUUGAUCAGAGCAAAUGUACCAUCAUAAGUCUGUUUCAGUCUCAGAAAUCCCACUGUAGUCUAUGAAAACUCUGAGAAAGCCAGAGAAUGCUUGAACCUCUUGCAAAAGCAAAUCCUCACUUGAACAACAUUUUACAUGUUAUUGACUGUGUAUAAUCUCACUUAAAAAUAACAGAUCCAGGUCAUUUUACUAAGUAGUGUAAAACUACUCACUGGUACUUAAAUUCUAGUUUUAUUUUUAUUUUUCACAUAGAUGUGGGCUCUGAAUAUCUAUUAUUCAGAGAAAUUCAAUUGUCACUGCAAUUUAAUAAACUCAAAUGUAUUAAAGACAAAUUUAGUUACACCUGCGAAAUCUUUUAAAAGCGAAUAUGUUAUUCAAAAUAUUUGACAAACCUGCCCUCAUCUCUUAUCUCAAGAUAACUUGUCACAAAGCUUUAAUGAUCCAUCACAAGAGGUAAUGCCAAGAAUUCAAAGUCACACUUCAGAAUCUUUAUGUAAAGAAAUUUUUUUUUAUCAAGUUGAUAUGUUGCUGUUGCUUUGAUGAAACUAAACUGCACCUUAAUGCUUUAAAUCAUAUAUCAAAGAGGAUUAACUGUGAUGUAGUGGUAAUUCCACUUUUUAUGAAUAGUAACUCAAACAUGAAUGAGCUUUCGCUUGGUAACAGUAACCUGUUUGUCAGUUUUACCUGAUUUCUUCAGAUCGUUCCCAUUAUAAUUCCUGUAAGUCUAGUAAUAAAUUGUACACAUUCUGAUACAUAUAGGCAAUAGCUUGUAAUUUCAUACGGAAAAAGUUGUUUCUAAAGGCGUAGCUUUGAUCUCACGGCUAUUUUCUAGCUGAGCUCUUCCACGUGCCUGUCUGUAACUAAAACCCAGCUUUGCUUCUAGCCAUAAGCUUCCAUUCUCCUCUACUUCUGAGAUUGUUCAUAGAUGCACUGUUACUCGCCCUGAAAACUACGAACAAACAACGUACAGCUGCAGUUAUCGGUCCGUGGGCGGGAACCGUGCUUUUAUUUCCACGUAGCUUUGCUGGUUUUUAUGGGAGGAAGCGUUUUUAUCAUGACUGUUAUGGCUGUUAUUCUGAAUACUUGUGACAACAUGGUAAGCUUUGGCCUGUUUUUUGUUUUGUUUUUAUUUUUUCGAAAGGGGGCCACUGAAGUGAAAGAAUGUCUGUCGAGAUAAAUUGUGCUAAAGACGCAACACUUUUGUACAUGUAUUUAUCGUUGUGUUCAUGUAGCCUCGUGGCAGUUUCGCUCUCAUGGUUGAAGGGGCUCGGGGUGUGAGUUUUUUUUUUUUUUUUGCUGCAGUUUUACAGUUAGCGUUGGAGAAGAUACCUGUCAACACACCUCUGUAUUUGAUUUCAUUUGAAGUGCUGUAACGGCUUUAUACAUAAAUACUGAAGUGGUAUUAUAGAACCUAAUUAAUUAGGAUAUUUCUAACAUAUUUUCUUGUACUUGUGUGUGCUGCCACAAGAAGCCCAGUCUUAAGAGAUGAAAAUAAUGGAGAGAAUAGCUCGAAAAGUAAGAAUGCAGCGACCCCUGCUGGUUUAAGGAUAAAGUUAAAUAUAACGUACAUCACUAAAAAGUGAUGUACAUGAGGCUGACAAGUGAAGGGAGACGAUACUGGCUAAGAAUGGCACUUCCAGAACAGCAGCCUGUCUGAGAGAGAGCCUAACACACAGUUAGAGUUAGACAACUCACUGUAGCACCUGAAACCUUUCCGAGGAGCGUCGUGGAGCUUCAAAUAAACAUUUAACACUAGCUAAUGAAUAACUGCUAUACCUGCAGAGCAUGCUGAAAACCAACAAUGGCUUGUGUUAGGUAGACUUUCUCUCAUUUACAGAAUUUCCUCGUUGUUUGUUUGUUUUGUUUUUUGCGUGGGAUUAUGUUUUUCUCAAUAUUUUGAGUUUUAGUUUUGGUUUUGAAAAAAAGAAGUGUUUAUUGUGAUUACUUGUUAAUUAGUGAUGUGAUUAUUAAACAUAAAAUAAAUUGGACUAAAUUUCA